AUGGGGCUAGCUAAUGAGGAUCUGACCAGCCAAACAAAGAAUUACAAAUCACUUUCCCAUGAACACAGCUUAGAGGACGAAUCAGCAGCCAAUCUUGGAAAUCAAGCACAAACUGGAGACGCUUACGGAGGAAAGUAUAUCAGAGAUGAUGAAGAACAGUUCUAUGCAAAACUGUGGGUGGAAGAGCCGACAGACCUUACACUCUACCCCGUUUGGUCUUUUGGUUUCAACCACCGAGUUUCGUUAAUUAACCUGAGCCGAGGUGCCUCCAGCGUAGUAUGUUACGCAUCUUCACAUCUGGUCAUUAUUGCUGACCUGAAAAAUACACGACAACGGAUACUCCGGGGGCAUUGCAAUGAAAUUACUUCUCUAACCAGUAGUGCAGACACACGGUGGUUGGCGUCAGGAGACCGUGGGCCCGACAAUUCCAUAAUCAUUUGGGAUGGAAAGACUGGCAAUGCUGUGAGGACUAUGCUGUCUCCGCAUAAGAUGGGUGUCGUUGCUAUUCAGCUAACUGAAGACGCUCGCUACCUUGCAACACUUAGCGCAGACAUGCCUAUUCAGGAAUUCUCUAUUUGGAAUUGGACUACUGGUAGUGAUAAACCACUUUGCAAUGUCUUCUUGCAUGAUAAUCAUAACAAUCAGAACCGUAUAUCCUUUAAACCGGGCAGCUACUUUCAUGUAAUUACAAACAGUGAACAGCAAGUUAUAUUCUACAACUGGAACACCAGAGGAGAGAUAACGGCCUACGCUCCUCCGCUCUCGGACGAAGAUUUCAACAAAAAGAUUGGGAGUUUCGUGGGGUCCUGCUCUAUACCCGGAACAAACACAGUUGUCACGGCAACCACCCAAGGGCUUUUGGUGGUCUGGGAGUUGGACAAGGUAGAAAGAAAAAAAGACGAACCAGACUCGCCUUACAAGAAGGCAAUUAAACUCAUCCAGAUACAUGACAAACCCAUAACGUUUAUAACUGUAACCAGGUGUCAAUUAAUCAACUACUCCAUUGCAACUGGAGAUGCAGCAGGGACGAUCAAAUUUUUCGACACAAAUUACAGGAUUCUUUUCUGGUAUGACAAUCUGAACUCCGGACCUAUUGCUUCCAUUAGUUUUGCUCAGAGAGGAAUCUUUGAUGGAUCUUCGAAAUUAUUGGACUCCAGUGAAUAUCCACAGCGGGCAACGAUUGCUGGUGAGAGAUUUGUGGUUGAAGAUUUCAUGGUCACGACGCAGCAUGGAGCAAUGAUUAGCGUGACUGUUGAUGGGAGCUUCUUAAAGUUCAUCAAGCGGGAGAAUCACGAAGAGGUCACCGGUCUCUCCACACAUCCUUCAAUGCCCCACCUGGCAACAUGCAGUUUAACAGGGCUACUGAAAGUUUUUGACUACAAAGCGAAAAAGGUCAUUAGGAUGAAAAGCUAUGGCCCCGAUGAUCCAAUUCAGACUUGUUGUUACAACGCAAAUGGAAUGAAUUUAGCCGUUGGAUUUGUCAGUGGUCAUCUACGUAUUUUGGACUCAAUUACUCUGAAUGAUGUUACUCCGGAACCGUUCACUUAUGGCCGUGGUGCUAUUACUCAUGUGGAUUUCGAUCCAUUCAAUCAAUACUGUGCAUAUGCAGAUGCAUCGUUCACUACCACGCUCGUACGUGCAUCUACUGUGCUUGACACAGGCCCGUGGGCCCAUGUCGGACGGAUCCGUGUGCAUUAUCGUAAAAUCACCGACCUUUUGUUCUAUUCAACUCCUCGGGAAAAACAAAGUCGGCUGUUCAGCAUAGGAGAAGACCGGACUUUGGUAGAAUACGACAUACAUGUGGCAACGAAAAAUGAUUUUCCGAUGCUCGCGCGCUACCGAAUUGAACAGAUGUUCACUCCACUGUGUAUGAGCAGUUUACCACCGCAUCACAAAGAGAGUCUUAUACUGGUAUCAACAGAAGCUUCGAAACUCAAGCUUUUCAGCACUUCCUCAUUCACUUUACGCAAACUGGUUGCGGCCUACCCAGCCUCAAUAAUGUUCCACAAAGUUAAGCCACUCCCCUCCAGCGAAUCAGACAGUGCUCACUUUCUGUUGUGCAUGUCUGACGAGCGUUUAUCCUUGAUUAUGCUUCCGCUGGAUGGAGAUCCACUCAAAUACACCAAUAUCAUUGCUCAUCCAAGCGGACCUCGAGGAACAGGAAAGGCGUCCGCCCUAGCUGUUAGUCAUGAUGGGCGUUAUGUUUUCACCGCAGGUGGACCAGACACGUGUGUUCAUAUGUGGGGAAUAAACACAAAAAUACUGGAAGAUCGCGUCAAAAACUCAUGCGAAGUGAAGCGACGCUUCUACGACCUCUUGACUCCGGAAUUCUUGGACGAACUCAAAGAUUACUUUUACUACUCAAUGUUGCGUACACAAGGUCUGAGGUGCAUGGACACACGUCGAACAUCGUUUACAAUUCCCAUCUCUGAAAUCUCGUUUGUCAUGCGAGCUAUCGGUUACUACCCAUCUGAAGACGAUAUAGAUAACAUCAUCAACGAAGUGAAGUACUCUAAAUUUGCUGAAACCGGUUUCUACACAGAUGAGGUUGAUUUGGACACAUUCAUACAAAUAUAUUGCAACCAUCGUCCGCACCACGGAACAACAUAUAAGGAAAUCUGUGACGCAUUUGAACAUCUGUGUCACGUGCAAGAUAGUGACACUGGACAAUCUUUAUAUUUCCGUGACCCCAGAGAAGCAGUUCAAGAAAUGUCGAAGAUUCCACCGGAAUUUUUGUUCGGAUAUAUGCAGAGUUUUGGCGAAGCCCUAAGUGAAGCAGAAAUGCUGGAAAACCUAGCCGUGCUUUUAGGAGCGUUUCACGAAGGUGGGCGUCCUGAAAUGAGUGAACCCUAUAAGCAAGACUCACUGAAGCUUGCUGUGGAUCUUUACUUGCCCAUGUUUCUAACUCCUCGGACAUUCGUCCAAAGGAUACUAGGCAUGCGAUCUUGCGCUGCCACACAUAGUGAAGGGGAUUAUUACGCUGAGAAAUUGCGUAUUGAGGAAGAGACUCCAUCCGAAUUACCAGCCACUACUGGAAUCGCUCAGGACACAAAAAACGUUGACGCACAGACAGAAGCGUGAUUCAGCUUAAUAGUUUAUUGAUUGUACAACUGUUUUCCGAACGCCUGGAUUGUCACCUGAUGAUACAGGAAAUUCUGUUCUGGCAACAAUCCCCCUAAAAGCACAUUCUGUCAACGAUAACGAAGAAAAAAACAGCUUCCUAUGCUCUGAUAUAUCUUGAUUUUCAGUGCAAGUGAUCUUUGGGGAUUUUUUAGUAUGGUUCUUUCAGUUGCCAACGUGUGUGUAAUUGGAUACGACUUGUUUGUCGUAAUCCUGAAUUUGUCAAGGUAUCUUUCAAUACCGAAAGUAUUGGAAAUUUCGCCACCUUCUUUCCAGCAGACAAUUUUGUAACUACAGCCUGCUUACUCCUAGAACUAUUGAAC